AAAAUAUGCGCUCUCCUGGGCUGUAAUGGUUGCGGCAAAACCACACUCUCUCGACUCAUAUUAGGCAUAUUGAAGCCAAGCGCCGGUACGGUAACGGUGUUUGGCCGCCGGCCGGGCUCUCAACUGUCGGGCAUACCCGGGCCGCGGGUCGGUUACAUGCCUCAAGACAUCGCGCUGUAUCCGGACCUGACAGUGGCCGAGGCUCUGCGCUAUUACGCUAUGAUCUACUCAAUGGGCGCCAAACUGACCGCCGAUCGGAUCCACGAGUUUCGGGAACUGUUGGAUUUGCCCGAAGAUCACCAUUUCGUCGGCCAACUGAGCGGCGGUCAGCAGCGGUUGGUGUCGAUGGCCGUCACAAUGAUCCACAAACCGCGGCUACUGGUGCUCGACGAGCCCACCGUCGGUCUCGACUCCAUACUCAGGGCCCGUAUUUGGGAAUACCUGGAAAACCAGUGCAAACUCAACGAGUUGUCAGUAAUGAUAACCACCCACUAUAUCGAGGAGGCGACCAGCGCUGCCACCGUGUCCUUCAUCUACAACGGCCGAUGUCUGGCCCAGUCGUCGCCCCAACAGCUCAUCAGCCAAUACCAGUGCCACAAACUGGAAGAAGUAUACCUCCAGUUAUGCAUACAAUCAAACAAAGACAUCAAAGAGCAUUCGUACGCCGGCCCAUCAGCUCAUCCGACACAGACAUCCGACGAUAACACCAGCGCUGAGAUAAUGACCGACAAAAUGAGACCCAAAUACGAGUUCCGCGUGAAUCGCGUGAAGACAUUGGUCUGGAAAAACUGGUUACGCCUCCAACAGAACCCGUCCGCCCUAUUCAUGUACCACUUGUUCCCACUGUUGUUGAUAUACGGACUCCACGUGUGCUUCGGUAGUCCCCGUCGGAUACCCAUCGCCAUACACACGGCCGCCGACGAGUGGGCCGCGGAUCCGCUGUCCACACGGUUUACCGCAGCCAUCGAUGACCGGCUGUUCAACUAUACUAUACACGCGACCAACGAGUCGGCCGUCCGGAGCGUUAGCGACGGCCACAGCGUAUUGUCGGUGACGUUUGCCCGCAAUUUUACCGACAGUUUUCGCACUCGACUCCUGUACCCGAUCGACGCCACCGACGAAGAGCUGGCCGACAGUCAGAUCCUGGUGUACGCCGACAUGUCCGACAUUCAGGGCUAUUACGCCCAGUACUACCUCUGGCAAACAUUUAAUAGGUUUUUGGCCGGAGUGGCGCCCGAGACUCAGUACAACCCGCGGGCCCUCUCGUUGCCAAUCGAUGUGUACACCGAAGAGGACACUGACUACUCGUUUAGUAAUCUAUUUAUACCCGGCUUUCUGGUCAGUUGCGUGUAUACCGUGACUGUGACCCUAUCGGCCCUUUUCUCCAUCAACGACCGCAGCAGAGGUCAGAAGGAGAGGGAUCUGGUGGCCGGUGUCACAGCUCUUGAGAUGAUGUUCACACACCACGUGAUCAUAACGAUUAAUGUGUUGAUACAGACGUCUCUCGUCAUUGUAUUCGCCUUUUAUAUACUGGAGUACCGGCUGUUGGGUUCGGUGGCCGACGUAUACGGACUACUGGUGUCCGUCGCUCUGGAGGGCAUGGCUUUGGGCUCUUUCAUCUCUUUGCUAUUCAAAGAUGAUGUGAUGGCAACGGCGAUCGCCACCUAUAUCUCAACGCCCCUGUAUGUGGUGUCGGGUGUGUUUUGGCCAAUCGAGUCGAUGCCGAUCUUGUUUCAGUCAGUGGUCAAGUGGUGGCCAAUAACCGGACCGAUAAUAUCGAUGCGAUCCGUACUGUUUCGGGGCUGGACUGUACUGUCCUAUGAAGUGCUGUUUGGAUAUGCGAUUUGUUGGUUGUAUGCGAUUGUGUUCACCAUUUUUAAUAUAUUUUUGUCAAUUAAUACU